AUGGCUGAAUUAUACGGUAACCUUGGAGAAUACCUUUCCUUCAGUGUAUCCUCGUUUAUGAAGCAGCAGAUUUUAUACCAUAACAAUAAAAAGUCAAAGUCAAAGUCAUUUGUUCAUGUGUAUGGUCGGUGGGAUGAAGUUCCGGAUGAUAUGAUGGGUGAGAUUUUAGGGCGCCUAAAUAUAAUCGAUCGCAUUCGGUUAGGAGGUGUUUGCAAAUCUUGGAGAUCAAUUGUGAAGCAAAAAGACAUCCACAGUGCCCCUUCAGUACCAUGGCUGCUUCUCCCUCACGCCCAAAAUUGCAACUCCUUAAGCUUCUUCAGCAUGUCGGAAGGCAUAGUUCAUAAUAUAAAGCUACCUAAGGCGGCGCAGGGAGGUUGGUGUUUUGGAUCUUCCAAAGGUUGGUUAACUAUUGCUAGGGGAACGCAAGAUGACCCAAGAGUUUUUCUUUUGAAUCCCAUUUCAGGAUUCCAACGCCACCUUCCAUCCUUGUCAACAAUCCCAUCUUUCAAGGAUUUUGUUGACGUGGCGUUGCAUCCAAACCGCAUUACAUCUUUUAUUCGAAAGAUUGAACUAUCGUCUACAGACCUUUCAAAAUGUAUUGUUGCAGCAACUUUCAGGUUGCCGACGACUGAAUUUUUAGCGGUUUGCAAGGUCGGCGAUAAGGAAUGGAGGGUCUUCCAAGGACUAAAGGAUAAAUAUCCAUAUUACUUCGACGUCAAGUUUCAUGAAGACAAGCUCUACGCUUUAGUAGACAUGCACAUGAUGGAAGAAGAAGAAGAAGGCGGUUUUGCAAGUUAUACCAUGGAAUUGGGAAGCCGUGAAGAAGCCAUCGUUUUGAAAGUAAUUCCAAAUAUUAGUGCACGACGUCCACCCUACGAGGUUGAAAUUAACGGUGACAUUAUUAUUCUCAAGGAUAAUGGGUUGGAAUCACACUUGGUGAUGUUGGACGGUGAAUUGUUGAUUGUGAGCGCACUAAUGAAUAAUCUCUAUACAAUAAUAUUCAGUUACAUGAAAACAACCAAAUAUCAAGUGUUCAAGAUUGGUUGGUCCACUUCCACGUUCACUAGGGUAGCUAGUAUAGGUGAUAAAAUGUUAUUUGUGUCACAAAGCGAGUCAUCAUCUCUUUCGGCUCCAGAUUUCAAUGGCUUUUCUGGGAAUCGGAUUUACUUUUCAAAAGACAGUCGUGCACAUGGUUUGCAUACCCUCGAUCCAAUAGUUUGCCAAGAAUCUGGCGUUUUCUACCUUGACGACGAUAGGAUUGAACGCUCUUUUCCUAGCAUCAAUCUUCCAACGCAGUGUCAAAUGUGUUGGUUUACACCACAUCCAUGA